AUGGGAUGGUCUGGCAUGUUGCUCUUAGCCAAUGUCCUUUUAAUCCUAUGGCUUUCUACUGCCAAAGGAGAAGUGAAACCUUGCGAUUUUCCAGAAAUAAAAAACGGAGGUCUAUAUGGUGCAGAGAGACACAGACCUUACUUCCCAGUACCUAUAGGAAAGAAGUUCGAUUAUUACUGCAACAAGGGAUUUGUGGCUCCUUCAGGCAUGUACUGGGACAACAUCCACUGCACUGCACAAGGGUGGAAGCCUGAGUUCCCAUGCCGCAGGCAAUGUAGUUUCCCAUAUGUGGAGCAUGGGAAACUUUUAGAAUGGAAAGGAAGCUAUCUACAGGACCAGUCUUUAAAAGUCAAGUGUCACUCUGGCUACAGUCUUCCAAAUGGUCAGGACACAAUUAUGUGUACAGAGAAUGGUUGGUCUCCUCAACCCACAUGCAUCCGUGUCAGUAAGUAACCGGCUCUGAGAUCACAAGAUGCUCUUUGGCUCCCUGUCCCAUCUAUAUUAACUGUGGCAAAAUACUUCUUUUC